GAGGCGAGACUUUUUCGGGUGCUCCGGAUCGCCAGUAGUUCUUCAAGCCUCAGCAGCCAACUCCUCCAGAGGCGCUGCACUCCACCCCGGGGAGCGGGAACCUGAGGUGCCAGGGACCAGUCUCUGGGAGCCCGGGGCGCGGGCGAUGCGGGCGCCGCGGGCGACACCUGCGGCUCCUCUCGGUGGCAGCCGUCGCCCGGGCAGCAGCAGCAGCAGCGCAAACCUCGGCAGCUACAGUCGCUGCGGCCCGGACAGCCUCCGCUGCUGUCGCCUCUGCUGCUGUCGCGGUCUCUGAUGCUCCUGCCCGCUCCCGGCCCUGCCGAUCCGGGAGGAUGUGGGUUCUCGGCAUCGCAGCAACUUUUUGCGGAUUGUUAUGGCUUCCAGGGUUGGCGCUGCAGAUUCAGUGCUACCAGUGUGAAGAAUUCCAGCUGAACAACGACUGCUCAUCCCCUGAGUUCAUCGUAAAUUGCACCGUGAACGUUCAAGACAUGUGUCAGAAAGAAGUGAUGGAGCAAAGUGCUGGGAUCAUGUACCGGAAGUCGUGCGCAUCGUCAGCAGCCUGUCUCAUCGCCUCGGCUGGGUACCAGUCCUUCUGCUCCCCUGGGAAACUGAACUCCGUGUGUAUCAGCUGCUGCAACACCCCUCUUUGCAAUGGGCCGAGGCCCAAGAAAAGAGGUAGUUCUGCCUCGGCCAUGAGGCCAGGGCUUCUCACCACCGCCCUCCUCUUCAACUUAGCCCUCUGCUUGGCGCACUGCUGAAGCUAAAGGAGAUGCCAACCCCUGCUGCAUCAUCUGUCAGGCCCGCACUCUCUCACCUCCCUGAGUCUCUGCUGGGUGUCCUUCUAUUCUGGGUAGACAAAAAGAUCUUUUUGUUCCCUUCAAGUAAUGCAAGAUUGCCAUGCACAAAUACUUUGUAAGCUCUGAACCAAUUCAGUCUGGAUUUCCGUGGGUAGUUGAAGAAAACGCAUGGAGCAGAAAGCCCAGCUCUUCCCAUCCCAGUCCAUGUAACCACGGCCAAGGCCAUCCUGGAAGAAUCAGCCCUUAGAAGUCAUUGAGAUAUGCAUCUGCCCUUCCCAAAGCCUGGAGCUUCCAUUCUGUCCCUAAUGGAGUCACAGUCUAUUCGGGGACUGCUGCGUGAAGGUAACUUUGCUUUUGUGGGAGGGAAGAGUCAGUUUCUGCUCAAGGCUUCUGAACUUGACGUUCACACUCCCUGCUCCUGGAUACCAUUUUCCGUGGUGGAAUCAGCUGUCUGUGAUGACUCAGGACUCAAGAGCUGGGGCUUAGCUUCUCCAGGCCUGGCAUCGGUCUGAAAAGUGCUCAGGAACACCUUGUUCGUUCUCCUGGAGGAAGAGUUCCGCCGGGAGGCUAGGAAGAUGAGGGGGCUGCGGGCUGAGCCGGUGCUGUCUUUGGUGGAGCUGAAGUGGGCACACAGGCGUUUCUCAUGGUUGGCAUGCUGCAGAGUCAGCCGGCAGCAGAGGACCUGCCAAAACACCUUCCGGAACUGCUGAGAGGACACGUUGUACAGGAGAGGGUUGACGACAGAGCUGAGGUAGAAGAACGUGUCAGAGAAGGGGAGAAGGAUCAUGUAUGCCUUGAAGUAUGACUUGGUCCAGUCAUGUUUGGGUUUUGCCGCAGCCAUGAUCCGCCGAACCUGAUUUGGCAUCCAACACACAGCCAGUGUCACCACGAUCAGUCCUGGGCAGGCAAGAACAGGAGAGAAAAAGAAAUGGGGGAGAAAAACAGCAUGAGAACAAAAAUAAAUAAAUAAAAACCCAUAAAAUAUUCAA